GGAGGAGGAGGGAGUAAAGCCGAGCGAGGAGACGGGAGAGACACCACACACGGCACAAGAUGGCCGGAGAGGCAGCAGCAGCCCGAGCUGUCAGGCGGCCCGCCGCGGCCCACGGGUUCGCUGCUGCGCUGGGAGCAGCGCCCGGGCGUCCCGGAGGGCUCCGGGGGAGCGAGGAGGCCGCGGCUGAGGCGAGGCGGCCGCGCGCGGGUGCGGGAGCCCGCGGCAGAGGCGCCCGGGAAGGCCGGGCCCGCGGCGCCCGGGGCUCCGCUGCGGUAGCGGCGGUGCUGGCGGUGCGCGCGGCCGGGAGGCGGUCCGCACCGUGGGCGGGAGGCUGCGGCGGGAGACCCGUCCGGGAGACGCGGGGACGAGCGAGCCGACGGCGCUGGCGGCCGCGCUUCGACCCGGUAACUUACAAGAUUAUAAUUAGUGUGGUUGCUGAUGAUUCUGAAUAAGUAACAGCUUUUAUCACAGGUGUGCCAUUUUGAAGACUGAGACAAUGGAGUUUUACCUUUAAGAAUAAAGGAGAGCUCUUGGAAAAUUCUGUAUUUUAUAUAGCAAAAAUGUGGAUCCCAGAUGGAAUGAAAUUACGUAUACCAUAGACAUUUUUGAAGCAUUUACAUCCAGUCAGCUUGAAGAGUUUCAAAUGGACCAUACCACUGAGAAAUCAAGAUGGCAGCCCACUAUGGGGAAUUGAGGAAAAUGGAUUAAUCCAAGAAUGCUGUGAUAUUAUACAACCAUCCCAGGGUUCUUUUAAUGUGGAUUCCAUGAAAUGAACGAUUCUUAACCCAACACAAAUGGACAGUGGGAUUUACUUUCUAAAGACUUGUUAUAUAUAAUGUACAGUUUAACAUCUGGAGAAGAUGCUACAUUUAUUCAAAUGGUAGUUUGUAUUUCUGGAAUUUCUUACAAUUUUGAUCUGAGUGACCACAUGGAAUGUUAACUUCAAUAAAAUCUCUAAAACUUAAA